AUGCCGUGUGAAAUGCAACGACCUAGCCUCCGAUGGGGUAUCAUAGGGACCGGCCUCAUAUCGUCCUGGUUUGUGGCCGACAUGGUUGUUCCACGGGCAGAGGCCACCGCAACGCAUAUCAUCCAAGCGAUCGGAUCAUCGUCAGAGGAGCAGGGUAGGGCGUUUGUCCAAAAGUAUGGGGGCGACGCUACUCCAUCGAUUUAUGGCAGCUAUGAUGCGGUCUACGCAGACUCGGAAGUUGAUAUCGUCUACAUCAGGAUCCAACACGCCUUCCACAAAGACGCAUGCCUGAAGGCAAUAAGCCAAGGAAAACAUGUCCUAUGCGAGGUGAUCAGGGAUGUGCAUCGGGUCUUCUGUGACUUUGGUUUGGUAAUGGACCUGGACAGCUUGCCUGCUACCUCACGUCUGAAAGAUCCGGCCUUGGGCGCGGGGACUCUGCUCGACAUCGGGGUUUAUUCCCUAACCUGGGGAUUGUUAGGACUGGAGAAGGGUAUUGCCGGCACGGCGUUGACUCCCCAGGUCUUUUCGGCGCAGAGUAUCAGACAGGGCAUUGAUGUUGCGACCUCGAUUGUGCUGCGUUACCCGCAGAACGGUCGCCAGGGCAUUUUAACAUCGACCAUGAAGACCAAGUCAGACCAGGUGUUUGCCCGGAUCGAGAGAUCGCAGGGCACCAUUCUCAUCGAGGGGGUCGCCACCUCUGUGCCGCGCCGGUUUACGGUCAUUCCCAGCAAGGCCGCUGCAGAUCGCCAGGUUUACGAUGCGCCCCUCAGGGUGGGCAAAGGAUUUUUCUACGAAGUCGACGCUGUGGCGCACGAUAUUUCUGCUGGACGGGUAGAAAAUACGACCAUGCCGUGGGAUGAGACGCACCGGGUGUUGGCGCUGAUGGACAGCAUCCGGGCGCGAGGUGUUGCCCAGGAGGCUUAA